AUGGGUGCAUCGCUACGCGCGGAUGAUCCUGUGCGACAGGAUGAAACGGUCGCCGGUGCAGGAGGUGUAUACAGCUACCGUAUACAGGGCGCCCUCUGCCAUCGCAUCGGUGGUCUUGGUCAGCAUCCGGAUCGCACUCCGAUGUACGCGCAGCUGUAUUUUUACGACGCUGACGAUGAAAUACAGCGCAACCGCAUGGUGGACGCGCGAGUGGCAUUCAGCGCCGGUCUUGAUCGGAAUGUUGUUGCUACACUCCAACGGAUACUGGAGCAGCACAACCCACUUGCCGCAACGUUUCGCCAUGCGUUCGAGCGCAUGACCACCGAAGAGAACGUUGAGCUGCGAAUCCACGGACGCAUUCAAGGACUCGACCAUCGCCGCUACAAUCGACCCACCGCAGACGAAAUUGGCGGCAUUUUCGUCUGCACGGAACAGAACCAGUCCCGCGACAUCGUGCUACAGAAUCGAGCAACUCUGGGCCUGCAUCGAGUGUUCGAAUCGCAUCAGCUGUUCGAUGCGUUGCAGUAUCCACUCCUGCAUCCGCACGGCGAGACUGGGUGGACGUAUGGGAUUGCAAAACGGGACAGGCGUGACGGCCGUAAUGCUCCCCGACAAGUACGAUCCACUGAGCACAACGAGAACGACCCUGAGGAUGGUGCGGAAAUUCGGGACGGUAACGGACGAACGACGCGGCAAGUCUCCGUCCGUGAAUAUGCUGCGUACCGUCUGAGUUUUCGUCAAGGUCAAACGUCGUUGUUGCAUUCAGCAGGACGGCUGAUGCAGCAGUACUGUGUCGACCAGUGCUGCAAGAUCGAGGAGCAGCGGCUGAAGUUCCAGCGAGACCAUCAAGCUCAGCUACGUGCUGACGCAUACGCCGGACUGAUGGAUUUGGCGGGGCCAGGCGACGUGCAGCUUCAAGAUCCACGACCACUUGCUCGAACUGGUACGCGUGUCAUCCUCGCUCCUUCGUUCCCCGGUGGCGACCGGUACAUGCGCGCCCAGUACCAAGACGCGAUGGCCAUCGUACGAGCGAUCGGGAAGCCGGAUCUGUUCAUCACGAUGACGUGUAAUGCGAAGUGGGCAGAGAUUACCCAGGCCUUGCUACCAGGACAGACAGCCGCGGAUCGCCCGGAUCUUACCGCACGCGUCUUCCGGUUGAAGCUGAAGUCGAUGCUGGAGGACCUCUCAGCAGGAGUGCUUGGCCUGGAAGUUGCCCGUAUUCACGUCAUUGAGUACCAGAAACGUGGUCUGCCGCACGCACACUGUCUGCUCAUCCUUGCCGAUAGUGAUAAGCCACGGUCGGCUGCAGACUACGAUCGGCUGGUGUCUGCCGAAAUUCCGGAUCCGGCAAACGAACAGCUUCACGCCACCGUCAGCAAGUGCAUGAUGCACGGACCAUGCGGUCAGGCGAAUCCUUCAUCUCCCUGCAUGAAGGAUGGAAGCUGCUCGAAAAGGUUUCCGAAGCAGUUUUGCGAAGAAACCCGGCAGACGCAGGAUGGGUACCCCAUGUACCGGCGGCGAAACGAUGGUCGCACCGUAACGAUCAAGAAUGUAGCGCUUGAUAAUCGUUACGUGGUGCCGUACAACCCGUGGCUUAGCCACAAGUACGACAGCCACAUCAACGUGGAGGUGUGUGCGACCGUCAGCAGCGUGAAGUACCUGUACAAGUACGUGUACAAAGGGCACGAUCGGGUCGCCUUUUCGACGCACGAACCGGUCGACGAAAUCCAGCGGUACGUCGAUGCUCGGUACAUUUCGGCAUCGCAGGCUGUUUCAACGAUCUUCGGCUUCGAGAUGCAGGCCAAAACGGUGACCGUCGUCCAGUUACCGAUACAUCUCGAACACCAGCAGCGUGUGGUCUUCAGCGACAGGGAGACUGUAGAGGCCGUGCUUGAACGCAGCAACCACAGCAUGCUGACUCGGUUCUUCCAGUUAGCUGCCAGUGACGCGUUCGCACGUACCCUCACGUACCAGGACGUUCCAGCGUACUAUCGGUACAUCAAACCGUCCCCGACGCAACGACAACCAUGGCACGAUGGUCCCGGAGCUCAGUGGAUCCGGCGUAUUCGGCAGAACGAAAUCGUGGUUGGCCGCAUGGUCUACUGCCCGAUUUCGCACAUGGAACGAUACUGCCUCCGAUUGCUGCUGUGCUAUCGUCGAGGCCCAACAUCGUACGAGGACCUACGGACUGUUGAUGGUGUUCUGUGUGCCACCUACCAGCAUGCUGCCACAUUGGCUGGAUUGCUGAACGACGAGUCCGAGUGGGAACGAACCCUUCAAGAAGCCGUUACGUUCCAGAUGCCAUCGCAGCUGCGCCAUUUGUUUGCGCUGAUCCUGUCGGAGGGUAAGCCAAGCAACCCGUUGCGGCUUUGGGAAUCGUACGCUGACCACCUUUGCGAGGACUUCCAUCGGCAGCAUCGAGAUCGUUAUACGGUGGAUGAGUCGGAGGAAAAUCGUCUGCUGCGCGCUGCUGAGCACUUCUGGGCAUUGAGGGCGAUUGACCAGUAUCUGCGAGGGACGACACCCCCGAAGACACUGGAAAUGUUUCCCAAUAUGCCGCAGCUGGCACAGUUUGCGGACCUGCCAUCCGAGAUCCUGCAGUCUGAUCGAGCGGUCGAUGCGAACACCUUGCUGAGAGCAGAACGCUCUUACGACAUCCACGCUCUAGACAGCAUGUUGGUUAACGUGGAUCGGCUAAAUGCUGACCAGCGUGCUGUUUAUGACCAGCUUACACAAGCGGUCGAUCGAUGGACUAGCUCGGAGCAAGCAGACGACCGUGCACCCGAGGAAGAAAGGUGUCAACUUUAUUUCCUCGACGGACCCGGCGGCACGGGGAAAUCGUUCCUGCUGGAAACCAUCCUAGCCUACACCCGACGUCAAUCCAAGAUAGCCCUCGCCGUAGCCUCCAGUGGCAUUGCUGCGCUGCUUCUCACCGGAGGGAAAACUGCGCACUCCACCUUCAAGCUGCCGCUCAUACUGGACGAGAAUUCAGUGUGCAACAUUCCCGCACAGUCGCAGGUGGCGGAGCUCAUGCGACAGGCCAGCCUCAUCGUGUGGGAUGAAGCCUCAAUGAGUAGUCGUUUUGCGCUGGAAGCUGUGGACCGUACGCUGCAGGACAUCGUCGGCGUACGUCGCCCAUUCGGCGGAAAGGUGAUGCUGCUGUGUGGCGACUUUCGGCAAAUGCUGCCAAUCGUGCCGAGAGGGACGGAUGCCCAGGUAGUGCAGCAAUCCAUUCGACGGAGUCCACUGUGGCCCCUGUUUCGUGUGUUGCGGUUGCGGAUCAACAUGCGCGUUCAAACCGCUCCGAACGCACAGGACGCUGCAGCCCUGCAAGAUUUUGCUGAUUUCCUCCUAAGCAUCGGAGAGGGCCGCCAUCCGACGUUCGAGGGAUUGGACGCUACGUACGCCAAGCUUCCCCGCGAUAUGGUGCUGCCCCGGACUGGCCACCAGGAUCAGGACGUUCAAUCGCUGAUCAAUCGCGUGUACCCUGGCGUCGGACAGCAUUAUCGGCAGGCACACUACUUCAAGGACCGCGCCAUCCUGUCGCCGUUGAACGUGGACGUAACCGCUGUUAACAACAGUGUGUUAGAGCGGAUACCAGAACGGGAAGUGGAGUAUCGUUCCAUCGACACCUUGGUGAACCCCGAGGAACAGGACACUCUACAGAUGCCCACUGAGUAUCUCAAUGCCCAGAACAUCAGCGGCAUUCCUGUACAUCGGCUACGGUUGAAGCAGUACACGCCAGUCCUUCUCCUCCGGAACCUGAACACCGAGCGUGGACUGUGCAAUGGGACGCGCCUCCAGAUCGUCGCUCUUCGGCCGCAUUGCAUUCAUGCACGGAUUCUGACGGGCAAGCGUCAGGGGGAAGAUGUGCUGUUGCCCCGCAUCUUCUGUGACAGCAACGAUUCCAGCAUGCCGUUCCAGAUCCGUCGCAAGCAGUUUCCGGUGCAAGUAUGCUUUGCAAUGACGAUCCACAAGGCCCAAGGUCAAUCCCUCCAUCACCUUGGACUGUACCUGCCUACCGAGGUGUUUGCACACGGCCACCUUUAUGUUGCGCUAUCGCGGGUGACGUCGCGACCCAACAUCUCGGUGUUGAUCUUGGACCCGAAACGCGAGGACGAUGACGGUGUUGCUGCCAAGAACGUCGUUUACCCGGAAGUGGUCCGUGGGUGA